CACUCUAGUCAGCAUGGCAAAUUGUGGCUUAAUGUGUUUCUGAAGCCUGGAUAUCUUACAAACAGGAUGGUGAACUGGUUGGCAUGUGUGAUAGUGUGUAAUGUUCUGAUCGGUAGGAUUCAUCAAACAAGAGGUUGUGGUGGGACCUACAGGGGACAGUCAGGAACGAUUACAUCCCCAAACUACCAUUACACAUAUGCCAACUAUCUGUCCUGCACAUAUGUAAUUACCCCCAGUAAGCUGAUCGGACUUAAAUUUGAAAAGUUCAACACAGAGUUCAAUUAUGACUAUGUGAAGGUGUACGAUGUCUCCAACAAGCUGCUGGUAUCUCUGUCUGGUUCACACAAUGGCUACACCGUCCCGUCGUCCACCUACUACCGUGUGGAAUUUACAACAGAUAGGUCGAUAGGAUCUUCCGGCUUCAGAGCUGUAUGGAGAUCUGCUCCUACGAUAUCUGGUCUACCUUCCACAUACCGAGUGAACAAGUCAAGUAGAUUGCGGCUAGACUGUAGUUCCUACACACGGUCAGCUACAACACCUACAUACAGGUGGACGAACAGAUGGUUAACUGUUAGCACAGGGGCUGUACUCGACAUAGUCAACAUCAACAAGAAUCAAGCUGGACAGUACACCUGCACUGCCACGAACACAGUGGGGGCUGACUCAGCAACUGUCAAUGUGGUGGUACAAUAUUCACCUGAAAUAUCUGGCCUCCCAUCAACAUACCAAGUGAAUGAGUCAACUACUUUAAGACUGGACUGUAGUUCAUAUACAACACAUGGCUACCCUUCUGCAACAACCUACAAUUGGUCACAUGGAGGGUCAUCUGUCAGUAUAGGAGCUGUACUGACAAGAAGCAGCAUCAGUAGGAGUCAGAGAGGGGAAUACACCUGUACCGCCAGUAACACAGUAGGAUCAGACAUCGCCUCCGUCAACGUAACCAUACUAUAUUCACCUGCCAUAUCUGGCCUCCCAUCAACAUACCAAGUGACUGAGUCAGCUACUUUAAGACUGGACUGUAGUUCAUAUACAACACAUGGCUACCCUUCUGCAACAACCUACAGUUGGUCACAUGGAGGGUCAACUGUCAGUAGAAGAGCUGUACUGACAAGAAGCAGCAUCAGUAGGAGUCAGGGAGGGGCGUACACCUGUACUGCCAGAAACACAGUAGGAUCAGACUCUGCCUCCGUCAACGUAGACGUAAGAUAUUCACCUGAAAUAUCUGGCCUCCCAUCCACGUACCAAGUGAAUGAGUCAGCUACUUUAAGACUGGACUGUAGUUCAUAUACAAGACAGGGCAACCCACAAGCAGCAACCUACAGUUGGUCACAUGGAGGGUCAUCUGUCGGUAGAGGAGCUGUACUGACAAGAAGCAGCAUCAGUAGGAGUCAGGGAGGGGCGUACACCUGUACUGUCAGAAACACAGUAGGAUCAGACUCUGCCUCCGUCAACGUAACCAUACUAUAUUCACCUGCCAUAUCUGGCCUCCCAUCAACAUACCAAGUGACUGAGUCAGCUACUUUAAGACUGGACUGUAGUUCAUAUACAACACAUGGCUACCCUUCUGCAACAACCUACAGUUGGUCACAUGGAGGGUCAACUGUCAGUAGAAGAGCUGUACUGACAAGAAGCAGCAUCAGUAGGAGUCAGGGAGGGGCGUACACCUGUACUGCCAGAAACACAGUAGGAUCAGACUCUGCCUCCGUCAUCGUAGACGUAAGAUAUUCACCUGAAAUAUCUGGCCUCCCAUCCACGUACCAAGUGACUGAGUCAGCCACUUUAAGGCUGGACUGUAGUUCAUAUACAACACAGGGCAAUCCUUCUGCAACAUCCUACACUUGGUCACAUGGAGGGUCAACUGUCGGUAGAGGAGCUGUACUGACAAGAAGCAGCAUCAGUAGGAGUCAGGGAGGGGCGUACACCUGUACUGUCAGAAACACAGUAGGAUCGGACUCUGCCUCCGUCAACGUGACCAUACUAUAUUCACCUGAAAUAUCUGGCCUCCCAUCCACGUACCAAGUGAUUGAGUCAGCUACUUUAAGACUGGACUGUAGUUCAUAUACAACACAGGGCAACCCACAAGCAGCAACCUACAGUUGGUCACAUGGAGGGUCAUCUGUCGGUAGAAGAGCUGUACUGACAAGAAGCAGCAUCAGUAGGAGUCAGGGAGGGGCGUACACCUGUAUUGUCAGAAACACAGUAGGAUCAGACUCUGCCUCCGUCAACGUGACCAUACUAUAUUCACCUGCCAUAUCUGGCCUCCCAUCAACAUACCAAGUGACUGAGUCAGCUACUUUAACACUGGACUGUAGUUCAUAUACAACACAUGGCUACCCUUCUGCAACAACCUACAGUUGGUCACAUGGAGGGUCAUCUGUCGGGAGAGGAGCUGUACUGACAAGAAUCAGCAUCAGUAGGAGUCAGGGAGGGGAAUACACCUGUACUGCCAGUAACACAGUAGGAUCAGACAUCGCCUCCGUCAACGUAACAAUACUAUAUUCACCUGCCAUAUCUGGCCUCCCAUCCACGUACCAAGUGACUGAGUCAGCUACUUUAAGACUGGACUGUAGUUCACACACAACAAAUGGCAACCCAUCUGCAACAACCUACAGUUGGUCACAUGGAGGGUCAACUGUCAGUAGAGGAGCUGUACUGACAAGAAGCAGCAUCAGUAGAAGUCGGGGAGGGGCGUACACCUGUACUGCCAGAAACACAGUAGGAUCAGACUCUGCCUCCGUCAACGUAGACAUAAGAUAUUCACCUGAUAUAUCUGGCCUCCCAUCCACGUACCAAGUGACUGAGUCAGCCACUUUAAGACUGGACUGUAGUUCAUAUACAACACAUGGCAACCCUUCUGCAACAACCUACAGUUGGUCACGUGGAGGGUCAUCUGUCGGUAGAAGAGCUGUACUGACAAGAAGCAGCAUCAGUAGGAGUCAGGGAGGGGCGUACACCUGUACUGUCAGGAACACAGUAGGAUCAGACUCUGCCUCCGUCAACGUGACCAUACUAUAUUCACCUGACAUAUCUGGCCUCCCAUCCACGUACCAAGUGACUGAGUCAACUACUUUAAGACUGGACUGUAGUUCACACACAACAAAUGGCAACCCAUCUGCAACAACCUACAGUUGGUCACAUGGAGGGUCAUCUGUCGGUAGAAGAGCUGUACUGACAAGAAGCAGCAUCAGUAGGAGUCAGGGAGGGGCGUACACCUGUACUGCCAGAAACACAGUAGGAUCAGAAUCUGCCUCCGUCAACGUAGACGUAAGAUAUUCACCUGAAAUAUCUGGCCUCCCAUCCACGUACCAAGUGACUGAGUCAGCCACUUUAAGGCUGGACUGUAGUUCAUAUACAACACAGGGCAAUCCUUCUGCAACAUCCUACACUUGGUCACAUGGAGGGUCAACUGUCGGUAGAGGAGCUGUACUGACAAGAAGCAGCAUCAGUAGGAGUCAGGGAGGGGCGUACACCUGUACUGUCAGAAACACAGUAGGAUCGGACUCUGCCUCCGUCAACGUGACCAUACUAUAUUCACCUGAAAUAUCUGGCCUCCCAUCCACGUACCAAGUGAAUGAGUCAGCUACUUUAAGACUGGACUGUAGUUCAUAUACAAGACAGGGCAACCCACAAGCAGCAACCUACAGUUGGUCACAUGGAGGGUCAUCUGUCGGUAGAGGAGCUGUACUGACAAGAAGCAGCAUCAGUAGGAGUCAGGGAGGGGCGUACACCUGUACUGUCAGAAACACAGUAGGAUCAGACUCUGCCUCCGUCAACGUAACCAUACUAUAUUCACCUGAAAUAUCUGGCCUCCCAUCCACGUACCAAGUGAAUGAGUCAGCUACUUUAAGACUGGACUGUAGUUCAUAUACAAGACAGGGCAACCCACAAGCAGCAACCUACAGUUGGUCACAUGGAGGGUCAUCUGUCGGUAGAGGAGCUGUACUGACAAGAAGCAGCAUCAGUAGGAGUCAGGGAGGGGCGUACACCUGUACUGUCAGAAACACAGUAGGAUCAGACUCUGCCUCCGUCAACGUAACCAUACUAUAUUCACCUGAAAUAUCUGGCCUCCCAUCAACGUUCCAAGUGACUGAGUCAGCUACUUUAAGACUGGACUGUAGUUCAUAUACAACACAUGGCAACCCUUCUGCAACAACCUACAGUUGGUCACAUGGGGGGUCAUCUGUCGGUAGAAGAGCUGUACUGACAAGAAGCAGCAUCAGUAGGAGUCAGGGAGGGGCGUACACCUGUACUGUCAGAAACACUGUAGGAUCAGACUCUGCCUCCGUCAACGUGACCAUACUAUAUUCACCUGCCAUAUCUGGCCUCCCAUCAACAUACCAAGUGACUGAGUCAGCUACUUUAAGACUGGACUGUAGUUCAUAUACAACACAUGGCUACCCUUCUGCAACAACCUACAGUUGGUCACAUGGAGGGUCAACUGUCAGUAGAAGAGCUGUACUGACAAGAAGCAGCAUCAGUAGGAGUCAGGGAGGGGCGUACACCUGUACUGCCAGAAACACAGUAGGAUCAGAUUCUGCCUCCGUCAACGUAGACGUAAGAUAUUCACCUGAAAUAUCUGGCCUCCCAUCCACGUACCAAGUGAAUGAGUCAGCUACUUUAAGACUGGACUGUAGUUCAUAUACAAGACAGGGCAACCCACAAGCAGCAACCUACAGUUGGUCACAUGGAGGGUCAUCUGUCGGUAGAGGAGCUGUACUGACAAGAAGCAGCAUCAGUAGGAGUCAGGGAGGGGCGUACACCUGUACUGUCAGAAACACAGUAGGAUCAGACUCUGCCUCCGUCAACGUAACCAUACUAUAUUCACCUGAAAUAUCUGGCCUCCCAUCAACGUUCCAAGUGACUGAGUCAGCUACUUUAAGACUGGACUGUAGUUCAUAUACAACACAUGGCAACCCUUCUGCAACAACCUACAGUUGGUCACAUGGAGGGUCAUCUGUCGGUAGAAGAGCUGUACUGACAAGAAGCAGCAUCAGUAGGAGUCAGGGAGGGGCGUACACCUGUACUGUCAGAAACACAGUAGGAUCAGACUCUGCCUCCGUCAACGUGACCAUACUAUUUGUAGGUGGAGAGGAACCUACAAACCUACCUAUGAAUUCGUUCAUGCCUCGGCCCAGUCCAUUCGAGCAUGAUUCUGUUGACGUGAACACCAAGAGCUGCGAUGUCACCAAACAGAGCUGUGAGGAUUAGUGUCCAUUGAUGGAUUCUUCCUGGUUAUUUACAAUCAAUAUCAGCUGAAGACAGAUGCCUGCUUUGCCAUCUAUUCUGAACAACUAGUUUAAAUCCCAAGUACUUUACUGCUUUGUCUUUGGUGUAUUUUCUGUACGUUGUUGAUAUUUUAAGAUUGUGUUAAGGGCUCUCAUGCUGGUGAUGAUGUGUAUUGUUGACUGAAAGUAUAUAACGUGAUGGAGGGUGCUUUAUGAUAUAUUGUAGUAUAAGGGGUAGCUUGUGUCAUGAUACGUGUACGGGCAGUGUAUGGAGUAUAUAACGUGAUGGAGGGUGCUUUAUGAUAUAUUCUAGUAUAAGGGGUAACUUGUGUCAUGAUACGUGUACGGGCAGUGUAUGGAGUAUAUAACGUGAUGGAGGGUGCUGUAUUAUAUAUUGUAGUAUAAGGGGUAGCUUGUGUCAUGAUACGUGUACGGACAGUGUAUGGAGUAUAUAACGUGAUGGAGGGUGCUUUAUGAUAUAUUGUAGUAUAAGGGGUAACUUGUGUCAUGAUACGUGUACGGGAAUUGUAUGGAGUAUAUCAAGUGAUGGAAGGUGCUGUAUAAUAUAUUGUAGUAUAAGGGGGUAACUUGUGUCAUGAUACGUGUACGGGCAGUGUAUGGAGUAUAUCAAGUGAUGGCAGGUUCUGUAUAAUAUAUUGUAGUAUAAGGGGUAACUUGUGUCAUGAUACGUGUACGGGAAUUGUAUGGAGUAUAUCAAGUGAUGGAAGGUGCUGUAUAAUAAAUUGUAGUAUAAGGGGUAGCUUGUGUCAUGAUACGCGUACGGGCAGUGUAUGGAGUAUAUCAAGUGAUGGAAGGUGCUGUAUAAUAAAUUGAAGUAUAAGGGGUAACUUGUGUCAUGAUACGUGUACGGACAGUGUAUGGAGUAUAUCAAGUGAUGGAAGGUGCUGUAUUAUAUAUUGUAGUAUAAGGGUAACUUGUGUCAUGAUACGCGUACGGGCAGUGUAUGGAGUAUAUCAAGUGAUGGCAGGUUCUGUAUAAUAAAUUGUAGUAUAAGGGGUAACUUGUGUCAUGAUACGCGUACGGGCAGUGUAUGGAGUAUAUCAAGUGAUGGCAGGUUCUGUAUAACAUAUUGUAGUAUAAGGGGUAACUUGUGUCAUGAUACGCGUACGGGCAGUGUAUGGAGUAUAUCAAGUGAUGGCAGGUUCUGUAUAACAUAUUGUAGUAUAAGGGGUAACUUGUGUCAUGAUACGCGUACGGGCAGUGUAUGGAGUAUAUCAAGUGAUGGAAGGUGCUGUAUUAUAUAUUGUAGUAUAAGGGGUAACUUGUGUCAUGAUACGUGUACGGGCAGUGUAAGGAGUAUAUAACGUGAUGGAGGGUGCUUUAUAAUAUAUUCUAGUAUAAGGGGUAACUUGUGUCAUGAUACGUGUACGGGCAGUGUAUGGAGUAUAUCAAGUGAUGGAAGGUGCUGUAUUAUAUAUUGUAGUAUAAGGGGUAACUUGUGUCAUGAUACGUGUACGGGCAGUGUAUAGAGUAUAUCAAAUGAUGGCAGGUGCUGUAUUAUUAUUGUAGUAUAAUGGGGUAACUUGUGUCAUGAUACGUGUACGGGCUGUGUAUGGAGUAUAUCAAGUGAUGGCAGGUUCUGUAUAAUAAAUUGUAGUAUAAGGGGUAACUUGUGUCAUGAUACGCGUACGGGCAGUGUAUGGAGUAUAUCAAGUGAUGGCAGGUUCUGUAUAAUAUAUUGUAGUAUAAGGGGUAACUUGUGUCAUGAUACGCGUACGGGCAGUGUAUGGAGUAUAUCAAGUGAUGGAAGGUGCUUUAUGAUAUAUUCUAGUAUAAGGGGUAGCUUGUGUCAUGAUACGCGUACGGGCAGUGUAUGGAGUAUAUCAAGUGAUGGAAGGUGCUGUAUAAUAUAUUGUAGUAUAAGGGGUAACUUGUGUCAUGAUACGUGUACGGGCAGUGUAUUGAGUAUAUCAAGUGAUGGCAGGUGCUGUAUAAUAAAUUGUAGUAUAAGGGGUAACUUGUGUCAUAAUACGCGUACGGGCAGUGUAUGGAGUAUAUCAAGUGAUGGCAGGUUCUGUAUAAUAUAUUGUAGUAUAAAGGGUAACUUGUGUCAUGAUACGCGUACGGGCAGUGUAUGGAGUAUAUCAAGUGAUGGCAGGUUCUGUAUAACAUAUUGUAGUAUAAGGGGUAACUUGUGUCAUGAUACGCGUACGGGCAGUGUAUGGAGUAUAUCAAGUGAUGGCAGGUUCUGUAUAACAUAUUGUAGUAUAAGGGGUAACUUGUGUCAUGAUACGCGUACGGACAGUGUAUGGAGUAUAUCAAGUGAUGGCAGGUUCUGUAUAACAUAUUGUAGUAUAAGGGGUAACUUGUGUCAUGAUACGCGUACGGGCAGUGUAUGGAGUAUAUCAAGUGAUGGCAGGUUCUGUAUAAUAAAUUGUAGUAUAAGGGGUAACUUGUGUCAUGAUACGCGUACGGGCAGUGUAUGGAGUAUAUCAAGUGAUGGAAGGUUAUGUGUAAUAUAUUGUAGUAUAAGGGGUAACUUGUGUCAUGAUACGCGUACGGGCAGUGUAUUGAAUUAAUUCUAAAUGAAUGAAAUACGAAUAUGUCGGACGAAGGGCGAUAGAAUAAAUGGGAGGACAGUCAGACCGUUAGGACAGUUGGAUUCAGUAAUGGAAUAUAGACGUGUGUUGAUUUCUAGCUAUUAAAUGGUCUAUAUAAUAACGUUUUAGAUGUCGGUUAUAUCAACUUAACACACGUGCAUGGUGAUCGAGUAUAAUAACUUUUCAUAAGUUUCACAUGUGCAUUUCAGUGGUUCUUGUUCCUAAGUGGUCCGCUAGAAAUGCUAUGCUCUUUUUGGUUCUGCAAAGACUUAACUAACAGUGCAUUCUUUUAAAAACAUCUCAUUAUUCGUAUUAUCUAACCCCUAAUACAUUCAGGAGUUUGUCCUUAAAACGGAAAUUACAUGAAAUGGAAGUGUCACGCUACAUAUGAAGGACACAAUUUCAAGUGGUCCUAUUUGUCAAAUCCCAAUUUGUCCAGCUCUGUUAUUCGAUUAUCUCAAUGAGCAACACAAUGUCAUUUUGUCUCUCCAAUCCAAAACACUUCUUCAGAAUGAUUUUCUAAUGAUUCAAAUGCUGACAUCAAUAUUUGUGUACAUCAAUGAACAUGAAACACAAAGAUGAACGUUUUCUUGCGGAGUGCAAUUGAUCCACAAAAAUGAAUAAAUUCCACCAAAUACAGUUAUCAUUUUUAUCUGUACAUGUUUCUCAUUUCGUCGCAUAAAUCGGACAGUUGAGUAUACGACCUUACCUCUGAAGGGCAUUGAGUCGAGAAUCAUACUUUCUCACAGACGUCAUAAGGACAAACAGUUACGGUCCGAGUGUGUUCAUUUCGUCAAACCAACGGAAGUGAUGAAGUCCAAACCAAAGGCAUUAAAACUGCAGAGUAACAACAGUCCGUAAAUCAGGACCUCGUGGAAUUGGUGACCAUGUUGAAUACAAACCAUACUUUGGUGGAAAAACAAGUCAGGUCAUGUACGGCAACUGCCUCUUUCUGUUUGUUAGAUUUGUAAUAACUUGUAAUGAAUAAAUUCCCUUGUGCUCAUUAUAAUUCCUGCAUUCUUAUGAGCUAAACUCA